UUUCAUGUAGGUAGAAGAAAUGAAAGAGAUUAUUAAAGAACAGUAUGGUGAGAAUCCAAGAGAAUCCUAUUAUGUUUCAAGAAUAAUCAACAAACAGCAUUUUGCUAGAUUGGGAAAUCUUCUAAAUGAUCCGUUUGUGAAGGCUUCGGUCGUGUAUGGUGGUUCUCUAGACGAAGAAAACUUAUUCAUCGAACCGACCAUCUUGAUUAAUCCUCCACUGAAAUCCGCAAUCAUGACGGAUGAAAUAUUCGGUCCAUUGCUUCCUAUAAUAACCUUGGACAAUAUCGAAGAUUGUGUGGAGUUCAUUAAGUCCAGACCAAAGGCAUUAGCCGUGUACGCGUUUACCAGCGAUAAGAGGUUGCAAAAGAGGCUGGUGGACGAGACAUCAUCGGGAGGAGUAGUAUUCAACGAUACGAUACUUCAGUAUGCACUAGAUAAUCUUCCUUUUGGCGGAGUUGGAGAAAGUGGGAUAGGAAGGUAUCACGGGAAAUACUCGUUCGAUGUUUUCACACACGAGAAGUCGGUUUUGAAAAGAAGUUUUUGGGUUGAUUUUUGGUUCAGAUAUCCUCCAUGGGACUUCAAGAAGUUGCAGUUGUUUAAGGCAUCUUAUCGUUAUGAUUAUCUCAAAGUGGUUCUCAUUGCCUUGGGCAUUAAGAAGACCUAUUGAGUAGUAAUGUUAUGGUCAUAGCCAAAGGUCUCUCUAUAUACUAUGGCUCUAUUUCUUUUUGUACUAUAUAUAAUUAAUGUCUUUUAUUAUUUAUUUAUGUUUUAAUUUGCUUUUAAUGAACCAAACCCACAUUGCAAAA